CACCUGUUUUUUUCCCCCAGUGGAUGGUACAUAACUGGCAAACAGGCAAAGGGGUAGCCAAGAGAAACAUCGUUCACUGCGAUCUGCAAAUGUGAAGAGAAGCGAAGAGAGACCAUGAUUGACUGCUGACAUUGUUUCGCCCAGAUUAUGCUGUCCAUGUGAGUGAUGUCGGUGUCUGAUACCAUUGAGUGUGCAGCGCUGGGGCGGCCAUUCCAGCUGGGAAUGCUGUAUGACUGCAGGGCGGAUGUUCUCAUCCCAGGUAUUACACUCUGGGAUGCUGAGAUGUUACAGAAGAACAUCAAUGUCAAACCACAAGCAAACACUGAUUUCAAGAUCAUUGCCUCAGAUUCCACAGAAGAUAAGGCAGAUGCUCUAGAAGUGAGUGCAUCACUUGAGGCCAGCUUUCUUGGAGGAUUAGUAAGUGUAAAAGGAUCUGCAGAGUUUCUAAAUGACAAGAAAAAAUCGAAGCAUCAGUCCAGAGUCACUCUACAAUAUCGCUGUACCACACGAUUUGAGCAGCUUACCAUGGACCACCUGGGACAGGGAAACUUCCAACACUGCAAUGUCUUCCAGCAAGGAUCUGCCACACAUGUGGUGACAGCUAUAUUGUAUGGUGCUCAAGCCUUCUUUGUGUUUGAUCGUGAAGUGUCUGCCAGUGAAAAUCAUCAAUCAAUACAAGGAAGUCUUCAAGCUACAAUUAAAGCGAUCCCACUUGUAUCCAUUGAAGGUAAGGCAGAAUUACAGAUGACAGAGUCAGAACGUCAGCAAGCAGACACAUUUAACUGCACAUUUCAUGGAGAUUUUGCUUUGGAGAGCAAUCCUGUCAAUUUUCAAGAUGCCAUGAAGGUGUACUCACAGCUUCCACAAUUGCUUGGAGCAAACGGGCAAAAUGCUGUGCCAAGGACAGUGUGGCUGUACCCCUUGAAAAAACUGGACUCAGCUGCAGCCCAGCUUGUCAGGGAGAUAAGUGUAGGUCUGGUUCGUCAAGCUCAACGUAUCCUUGGUGAGAUGGAUGAAACGGAAAUUCACUGUGAAGAUCUAAUGAAGGAUGAAAUUGCCAUCAACUUCUCAGAGAUUACAAGCAAGCUUCGAAAAUUCAAGAGCCUGAUUUCUGAAUACAGGCAGGUUUUCCAAAAGAAACUUUGUGAACUUCUCCCAGUCAUUCGAGGAGGAGGAACAACGGAGCAAGACCUGAUCACAGCCCUAACUAGCAAAGAGAGAUCGCCAUUCCAGAAUGUGCAAAUGACAGGAUAUCUGAGAGAUAGGGAACGUGAAAUGAAUGUCGUCAGAUCCUACCUUGAGAUUAUGAAAGAAGUCAAAGUGGUUACAUGUAGUUCCGGAUUGGAUAAAGUUGUGCUCAACUCAAAAAAUGACUACGUGGUGGCUUUUGUGUUCUCUUCCCUUAGUGGGGGUGAAUAUCUACAGGAUUUGGAAGAUUACCUGAAGGGCGAGUUCACAGGCUCUGACACAACUUAUGAAGGCAAAAGUACUUCCAGAGAAGAACAAUGGUUUCACUCUGGCCAGGUAACUUCUUUCACCAGAAAAAUAAUUCGCCUGCUACUGGAUUUUAUGCAGUCCAACAAAGAAAGAGAAAAUAUCGAGUUCUGCAUUGCAUCAGUUCCAAACAAAUCCAUCACAGCUGCAUCCAUCCAUGUCUAUGAGAAAGGAACACUUCUUGAUUCCCAGUUUCUGCUGCCCUCCAGUCCUCCCUCUCCAAAGUAUGUGAGAUUGGAACAUGAUUGUGUGCAUUUACAAAUCGACCCUCCAGCUACAGAAGAUUUUGUGCUCUCCUAUCGUAUUCUGUACCAGACAUCAAAGGAGUCUGAGUGGAAAGAAAUAGGCACAGAUGGAAAAGUAACCAGUUUUACUGUCAGUCGCCUACAGCCUCACACAGAAUACAGAUUCAUCUGCAAGGCAGUAUGUCGGCCUGGAGUAAGCCUGCCCAGUGAUCCCACAGAAUUCUUGACAACACGGCCAUGCAGCCCUCCAGGCAUACCGAAUGAGAAGAUUUCAGAGUCUGACAGCAUUACUGUAACUUGGGAUAUUCCCACCGUGGUUGGCGAUGAUGUAACUGUCAUCAGCUAUGAUGUUGAGUACCGACAAUUUGAGGAAGAUGACAGUAAGAGUAGACCAUGGGAGUGUGCUAAAUCCACUGGUAGGGAAUGUAUUUUGUAUGAACUGAAGAGUAAUACCACCUACAGCAUCCGGGUUUUAGCCAAUACAGGAACAUCAGGAAAGAGCCUGCCAAGCCCUGAAGCACGCAUCAGUACACUGGAAUCUGGCAAGUCCCAAAAAAUGGCAACAACCCAAAGCAAGAGUGAUUGCUUUUUACAACAAUCAAUUCGACUGGAGAAGGGCAAUCCCUCUGUGCACUUGCUGUCAUUGGAUCAAAAAUACAGAGAAGAUGUCGAUUUCUUUCAAUAUAUGUUUGGAAGGAAGGUGGAAGAUCAGAAAAAUAAGGUUAUACUAAUGUUGGGAUCCACCGGUGCAGGAAAAACAACGCUUGUCAAUGUGAUGAUGAAUUACAUACUGGGAGUGAAAUGGGAGGACAGGUAUCGUUUCAAACUGAUCCAUGAAGACACAAACCGAACACAAGCAGAGAGCCAGACAUCUGUGGUCACAUCCUAUGAGCUCUACAACCAACCAGGUUUCCAAAUCCCGUACUCACUUACCAUCAUUGACACGCCUGGCUUUGGAGACACCAGAGGAAUGGCACAAGACAAACUGAUUACUGAGCAAGUGAAGAGAUUCCUGUGCAGUCCCUUAGGGGUGGAUCACAUAGACGCUGUGUGCUUUGUUGUACAAGCAUCUCUAGCCCGCCUCAGCGCCAGCCAGAGGUACAUCUUUGACGCCAUCUUGUCAAUUUUCGGAAAGGACAUUGAGGAAAACAUCAUGAUUCUUGUAACAUUUGCUGACAGUCCCAAAAUCCCAGCAUUGGAAGCAAUUAAGGCAGCAGAGUUGCCUUGUAAGAAGAACAAAAAGGGUCAACCUACCCACUUCAAGUUUAAUAACUCUACCCUGUAUGUGCAGAAGAAAGAAGCUGAUACAGGUUCUGAUGAAGACAGUUCAGAUGAAGAUGAAGAUGAUGAUGAGGAGGAGAAAAUGAAGAACAUUGUCUGGUCAACAACAUUCAAACAGAUGAAGUUGUUCUUCAAGUGUCUUGGAGAGACAGAAAGUAAAGACCUCGCUUUAACAAAGAAGGUUCUUGAGGAACGUGAACGCCUUGAGAAUGCUACUAAAAGGCUGACUCCUCAGAUCCAGAGACGUGCGCUCAGGAUCACAGCUGGCCUUGCCAAACUCAGUGAGAUCAACAGCAUCAAACAUUGCUUGGAGAAUGAAGAUGACAUCAUGUCACAAAAUAAGAACUUUGAGAAAGAGGUAGAAGUCCUAACAGCCAAACUGAGCAAUGUCAAUUUCUUUGCAACAAACUGUAACCGUUGUCUGUUCACUUGUCAUUCUGGUUGUUUCCUCCCUGAAAGUGAUUAUGUGAGCACAUGCGCUGUAAUGGAUGAAGAUGGAAACUGCCUGGUCUGCCCAAAAAACUGCUCUUACUCUGAGCAUCUGAGGGAGAAGGCCUUGUGGACAUAUGAGACAACAAUAGAGAAAAAGACCAUACAAGAGCUGAAAGACAACUUCAUGAAAGCCCAAGGGCAAUUUAUGGACAAGAAACAGAUGCUGCAGAGCUUGGAGGAUGAGUUUCAUGUGAUUGAGGACAAACUAAUGUACUUGAUCAAGCUAUCCUCAAACUGCAUCAAGAGACUUAAUGAGAUUGCAUUGAAAGCAAGUUCUAUGUCAACCUUGGAGUACAUUGAAAUACUUCGAACAGAGGAGGAUGAGAAAAAGCCUGGUUUUGAAGAUCGAAUCAUUGGAUUGAGGAAAAUGAAACAGGAUGCGGAAAUCCUUGACAAAAUUGCAAGAGGAGAAAAUCUGCUUCCACAGGAACGCCAGAGAAUCAAACAAAAACUGGACAGAAUGAAGAAGACUUCAGCAAAGAUCAAACAAAUCAGUGCCAUUCUUAAAGCUUGGCCACUUGGUUACAACUAGGGCUGGGGCUCGAUUACAAUUUUUAAUCGAAUUAAUCUAUAGGGUUUGAAAUUAAUGAAUCUAAUUAAUCGCACUUUAAUCACAUUUAAAUAUCUGACUUCAGAACAGUGAAAAGUAUUUUUUUUCACAUGGAUUUUCAAUAAUUACAAUAAAUAAGCAUCAUCUAAAAAUAUUGUUCAUUUUUGAAAGAAGAUAGAGCUCUUUUCAAUUUCAGCAGGCUGUUCACCAUCUGGCGUAAUACUGCCCUCCACUGGUCUAAUCCAGAACUAUGUAGCUAUAUUACAGUGCGAUUAAAAUUAGUUAUUUUUUUGUAAUUAAUUAACCGAAAUUAACAUGUUAAUGUCCCAGCACUAGUUACAACACAUCAUGCAAAGACACACACACCUAUGUUAAGCAACAUUGAUUAUUUUCUACCAAAGUUAUGCCAAAUAGAGGAAGGAUUUCACCAUUAAGCUAAGCAAAAGAAGAGGUGAUGACACAGAGCCUCAACAACCCAAUGUGGCCAAGAAGACCAUUCACUGGGGCAGGGGUUCCCAACCUUUUCCAACUUGGGGCCCACUCGAAAUUGUCACAAAUGUUCGGGGCCCACCUCUGACCCAAUUACAAAUAAAACUCAAAUAAAUCAACAGCAACACACACCAAAAUGUGAUUAUAUUUUUUAGAAAAUUAUUUCAAGGCCCUUGGAAUACCUUUAGGGCCCACCACCCCGGCCCAUAGGUUAAAAAUCACUGCACUAGGGUAUCUACAGAAUUGGACAGACUUGGAGAGAGCACACAACAGGAUGAACCACUGGUUGGUCGAACAAGUGAAAUACAAAGACUGUUCACAAACUACUGUAGAUUUUCUUUCCCACUUGCAACCGUGAAUGGCCAACUCCAUCCUCUCUUGCACUCUCACACCCCAAAAUGGACUUACUGAAAUAUGGAAAAGCAUGGAACAGCUUCAAAGAACAUUGGUCCACUGCACAGGGCAAGUUUAUAAUACAAGAUGUAUUAAAUGAAGAGUGAUAUUAUCUGUGCGCAAUUGCAAGAAGAAAAAGUACUCGCAGGAACUGCAUUGUAGAAUUGAUGCAGAAGAUCCUUUAAUGAAAGUCAAAUCUUUGAUUAAUGAAAUGUAUAUUAAAUGGAACAUAAACACAGGAACAUAUUUUACUUUCCAUUUUGAGUAUGUCACAUGAAUCUAGUCGAAUUUAAGAAUUUAUUUCAAAUGAGUAUGACUGGCAAAUGGUCAUGAGAUGCAUUAGAUGAUUAGAAAAAAAUAGCAUAUCCUAGAAACUGCUUUUAGAACAAAGACAAGAGAUGGAAAUUAUAUAAAAAUAGGAGAUAAGAUAUCCUAUUGUGGUAAUCCAUGUCCAUGAAAAGUGUCAUGAUAUUAAAAUCUUGGAUUGUAUUAGUAUUAACAUGUUACUUUCUAAUUGACUGAUUUCAAUCAUUUACAGUGGAGAAAAUCACGAAACCUCUGUAUUUUAAGAAAAAUGUCAAUAAAUAUUUUGAAUGAUU